AUGAAAACUGCUAGUCUUGAACGGUUUUGUGAGCAAGCCAGCCUCUGGGACCACAAUCCCCCAAAGACGGAUGGCUUGGACUACGGUAAUCAACGCAGCAAUGAGGCCGCAUCGCAAUUUAGCACCGAUACAGAUACCGGCGACUGUCAGCCAGAUUACUCGACCGACAAAUCGAGGCGCAGCGAAUGCCAACCGGUGUCGUCAGCAAAUUUUGUCGAAAUCCUCCUCGCACCGAUCAAACACGGCUUAUUCGCCGGUCUAUUUCAAACCACCGGCUUGAGCGCGAUAGUAGACGGGAUGUUUGAUGUUCGCUUCAGCCACGCCAGCCACGCACCACCGGAUUUGAGCACCGUACGGGAACGGCAAGACACCAUCAUCGCAGCAGGAGAGGGCUCGUCGCCUUCGGAUGAUCAAGUUUCCAAGACGUUGCAAGACCGACGCCAGCCGCAGAAUUCCCUUCAGAGCUGA